GCCGCUUCCCGCCCGCGGGGCGCUUCCGGCGGGGCCUGGCGCGGCCAUGGCGGAGCUGACGGACGCGGAGCUCCGCAAGGAGCUGCUGGCGCUCGGCUACCGCCCGGGCCCCAUCACCGCCACCACCCGCAAGGUCUACAUCAAGAAGCUGGGCUGCCUGCGGGCCGAGGUGGCGGCGGCCCGGCGCAGCGGCCGCACCGCGCCGCCCAGCCCGGGCCGCUCCUCCGCAGGGCUGCCGCAGGCCUCGCCCUCGCGGCAGCGCUCCGGCUUCACCGGCGGGGCAGCCCGUGAGAGUGAGGAGGAGGAUGAGGAGGAGGAAGAGGAGGAGGAAGUGGGGCGGCCGCCCGCGUCCCGCUGGGCGCCGCCGGGAGAGAGCGGCGGGCAGGCCUGGGGGGACCCGCGGGGAUCCCCGCCGGGCCGCGGCGGAGGCCUCAGGGCUGAGGGCGGCCUGUCCCGGGACAGCCUCGGGAGGCUGAGCCCUUCGGAGCAGUGGGGGACGACUGUGGAGAGAGGGGGCGGUGGGCUGGGGGCGUCCCUGGCUGGGCACGGGGGGUUCGGUUCCCCCUCGCAGUGGGACACGUCCGUAGAGAGGAGCGGCGGCCUGGGGGCGGGCAGGGCCGGGGAGCUGAGCUCUGCUCAGUGGGACACAUCCAGAGAUGUUCCAGAGCACGGCCGGGGGCUCAGCCAGGGGCUGGGGGCGACCCUCGAUGGCUUUCGGGGCUCCUCACUGCAGUGGGGCGCCUCAGAGAGGAGCGGGGGGCUCAGCAGUGGCCUGAGGCCGACCCUGGACAGGUUUCGGGGCUCGAACUCCACAUCGCAGUGGAGCCCCUCAGCAGAGAGGAGCGGGGGGCUCGGCAGCCGGGCUGCCUCGGGGUUGGAUGGGCUGGGGGCGCUGAGCUCCACACCCUACUGGGGCUCCUCGGCAGCCUCCAAACCCCUUCCCAGCGAGGAGAAAUGCAGGAGCCAUUGGGGGACAUCAGGAGGGGGGAUCGGGGUGCAGAGCUCCCGGGGUGCAGCGGCAGAGAGGAAGGGACCCUCCUCCAACACCUGGUGGAGACGGGAGAGCGAGGUGACCCCCAGCACGCAGUGGGGCUCCUCAGCAGCGCCAGGGAGGUUCAGCAGCUUUUUCAGGAGAGGGAAGGAGGAGCUGGCUACCAGCAUAGGGAGGGAGGCAGAGCAGGAGGCGGGCAGCCGGGCUGGGGGGCUGAUCCGGCGCUUCCCGUGGCGAGCGGCCAGCGAGGGGGGGCCCGGAGUGACCCCGCGCUCGGCCCUGCUGCGCUCGGCGCCCAGGCAGCAGCAGGAGGGAAGGAGGAAAGGGUUGGAGUAUUACCUGUCCCAGUUCCUGUGCCUCGCCAGCCUCGUGCUGCUCCUGAUUUUUCUGGGCAUCCUGGUGGUGAAGAUGGUUGGGUCAGGCUGGCUGGACGGGACAGAGGAGAGAUUUAAUCUCUUGCCUGUGGAUUGUGACAAAAGCACGGAUGAUUUCUGCCAGGCCAAGCACAAGGACGUGACCAUGGCUGUGCUGCACGAGCUCUACAAUUACCUGUCUGUGCAGGCAGGUAAUUUUGAAUGUGGAAACCCUGAGAACCUAAAAAGCAAAUGCAUUUGGGUUAGUGAGGCAAAGGAUCACGUGCUGAAUGUAACUGGCAGUUCCACACAGAAGUUUAAAGCUGCCCUGGACUGGAUACUGAACAGCAACAAGGACUUGGGAAUUCGGUUGAAAGGCAGGGACAUGUCAGAGCCAGUUUCCAGUGUGGAGGAAGUGUUCUGCCUGGAGUCUGCUCACCCCCAGAUGGGGCUGGGCUGCCGCUUCCGCCGGGCCGUGCUCACGGCCAUCACCAACGUCUUCCUGUUCUUCUGGGGUCUGAUAACCCUUUGGGGGAUCCUGCUCUACCUCCGGUACCGCUGGCGGAAGAUGGAGGAGGAGGAACAAGCCAUGUAUGAAAUGGUGAAGAAGAUCAUAGCUGUUGUCCAGGACCACUACAAGGAAUGGGAGAGGAAUUUGGAGCGUUACCCCUACGUCGGCAUCUUCCACGUCAGGGACAGCCUGAUCCCCCCUCAGAGCAGAAAGAAGAUGAAGAGGGUGUGGGAGAGAGCAGUGGAUUUCCUGGCCUCCAACGAGUCGAGGAUCCAGACAGAGUCCCACAGGGUGGCAGGGGAGGACAUGCUGGUGUGGAGAUGGACUCAGCCCUCCUACCUGUCAGACUCAGAGCACUGAGGGCAGCAGCAGGAGCAGCCAUGGGUCAGGCUGGGGCCAUGGAGCCUGUGCAGGGCUCAGGGCCUCGCUGGUGGUGGGAGGAGCAGGGCCUGGCCUGAGGGUUGGAUUUGCACGGCUCUGUUUGCUCUCACUGAAACUCUCCACACACAAACGUUCAGGGCAAUACUGGCUUGGAAAGAAGAUGGGCUUGAGCUGGUGGGAAGCUGGAAUUGCACCAAAGUGAGCCUUCCACAGAGACCUGGCUCCCGUGGCAAGCAAACAACAACCUGCAAAGAAUAACUGCACACCCCUCUGGAGGGCUGGGGGUGCAACAUUUCACCUCAGUUCUGCCAAGGCCAGCUGGUGGCAGAGCCCAUCUGCAAGAGAAACAUUUCCCAUGGAAACAUUAGGGUGGCAGUGCAGGCGUGUCUUUGUUUGUGUUUGUUUCAAUCAGUGCAAAGGCAGCGAGGAAGCACUUGCUGCUUCCCAGCGAGGAAAAAAUGUUUUGUGUUGGCUUCAUCCAUCCAAAAUUGGGGAGAGGGGGAAUUGGGGGAAGCUGGGCCUGGAGAGAGGGGGAGCCUGACGUGCCUUGGUGGUUUGGGCUGGGCUGGGGGUGGUGGAGGAGAGUUUGUGACCCUGUUACACUUUUAAGUCUGCAGUCUGUGUGCUUUAUUAUUUUCUGGGGGCGUGGGGGGUGGGAAUUUGGGUGGAAAAUAAAGGAUAUAGGAAGCUUCUAAAGGUGCUUUCCUGUGGCUGCAGGAGGGCUCUGUUGGUGUUUGAGCUGGGCAGCUGCAGUGUCUGUGUUUGUGUCAGAGCAGGGAUGUGCCAGCUCUGGGACUGGUGCUGUUCCGGCAGCCCCCUGAGGGUCCCAGGAGCAGCCUGGGUCCAUCCCAGCCCUGCUGCAUCGUAUCUCGUGUCUGUAAUCACUUGGUUACUUCAGCUUCUCUUUCUGUCCAGCAAAGGAAUGUUUGUUUCCCAGGAAAUGGCACCAGUGUGUGGCAGCACACAGGAGCUGCUGCUCUGCUCUCCCCUGGGCUCUGCAGCAGCUCCUGAGGCUGCAGGACCCAAAUCCUUUGCAGAGUGAAGCCAGCAGUGAUUUGAGCCCUGCAGCCCCUGGAUGUUGUCCUGGAUGCUGGGAUUGCUCCUGGGCAGGUGCUGCCACUCCAGGUGUGUUCCUCUGCUCACCUGGCAGAGUCUGCAGCUCUGGGCACCAGGGGUGGAGCAGAGCUCUCCAGGAGAUCCUUCCCAUUAAAUGGGGAAUAUCCUGCGUGGGGUGGCUCUGACCCCACAUUUUGGGGUGUGGGUGUUUGGGCAGAAGACUCAACAGCUCUUGGAGGCAAGGACCAGCCCCUUGCACUGUAAUAAAUAAAGGCAACCUUGAUUUUUCCUAAAUGUAUCAAGAUCAUCACUGCUGCCAGAGAAAUUCUCUCAAACACUGGUGCCUCUGUUCUCAAACCUUUAUUAAACUCUUGCUGGGGUUUGGGUGAGCUUUUUUAACCGUCCAGGCAUUGCUGUCAUCCUUUUGUAUUAAACCUGGUUUUGUAGAACAAACUUCAAUGGCUUGGUGCUGUUUCUAUGUUCCAUUUAGCUCUGUAAAAAAUCAAUAUCAAAAAUAAAUUUAUUACCAAUAA